CGAGAUCUGUAUCUUUCUGGCACUUUCCGAGAGUUAGCUUCUCGUAAUCUAAAAACUGUUGCUGCUGGGGCAUGCUGCCUGCAGUUCUGGGCUGGAAAAAGAGGCUAGUGGUGCAGUCACUUUCUGAUCUCAGCCUAGGCAGGGGUCAGAGUGAAAUAGUUCCGAUGCAUAGGUAACAAAGGUAGUCUGUGCUUGAUUUAUUAUAAGUAUUUAACUGCACAGACCUUUUACCAGAAUUGCUAUCCGAAAUCGCAGUAGUUCAACAAGACAGAACAACGUACAGUUUUUAAUGUUUUCGGGAUUAUUUUAUAUUAUCAAUAAUCUCAAGCAUGAACAGUGAUGAGGGAUACAGUGGGAACUGAAAUCGAUGUUCUUAUUUAUACGCAACUGUUAAUUUGCACAGCAGUAUUAAGUGGAUUACAGAAAUCUCAAUUACUUAACAAUUUAAACUUUUUGUUUUUGGACUAGAGCUGGGGUAGAAGUAUAGAAACACGUCAAUUAGAAUCACGAGUGUAUACAAAUGUAAUUGACUAUGGAUAGUAAAUAAAAAUAAUAUUAGCAAGAUUUGCAGCCUGCAUGAAAGCGUAACUUUAGGAAAAGGAACCGUAAACGUCGUAACCUAUGUCGCUAAGCAGAGUUGAAGGGUUGCAGGCCAGAAAACAAAAAGUGAUUGGGACAUUACAGAAAUUCAUUUCCAAUUUAUACUGGCACGUUUGGUGAGAGAAAGAAAAGUGGUUUUGAUUAAUGUUAAUUGCUUGUUCCGCAAAGAAAGGCGAACCGAAUUUCUGUCCACUGCAUGGAACACUGAGCUGUUGAAACAGGUCCAACCCUAGAGAGAAUUACAAGGUGCAGGUACAGUGUAUUUGCCAUGGAACUGAGAUCAGAGAUGCCCAGUGCAUCUUCGGCUGCCACGAGCGCCUCCCCAGCGGCUGUUGCUGCCGCCGCCGCGGCAGCUGCUGCUUCGUUGCCGGUCAUGGCCAGCAGCCUGCUGCGCGGCCCGCCGCUAUUACUGCGUGCUUCGGAGAAGUACCCUCGCACGCCCAAGUGUGCGCGCUGCCGGAACCAUGGCGUUGUGUCAGCGCUGAAGGGUCACAAACGCUACUGCAGGUGGAAGGAUUGCAUGUGUGCUAAGUGUACACUAAUAGCGGAGCGGCAGCGGGUCAUGGCAGCUCAGGUUGCGCUACGGAGGCAGCAGGCCCAGGAAGAGAACGAGGCGCGCGAGUUACAGCUGUUGUAUGGCACGGCGGAAGGUCUCGCGCUGGCUGCAGCCAAUGGCAUCAUCCCCCCACGGCCAGCUUACGAGGUGUUCGGGACAGUGUGCAGCAGCACCGGGAGCGGAGAGCAUCCCACCCCUGCAACCUCCUCAGAUACUAAACUUCAAAAGUUUGAACUCUUUCCCAAAAAUUUGUUGCCAAGGUCACUGACCCCACAACAGUCCUUGACCAAGCCAGCGUCCACUGACACUGAAUCCGUUACAGGAAGCCUGCCGGGUACGUCUUCCCCAGAUGUUCGUCAUGGCUCUGGUUCGGAAAAUGGUGAUGGAGAGUCAUUUCUUAGUUCGCCAGUCUCCAAAGUUAUUAAAGAAGGAGAAGAAAGUCCCGAGUCGAUUAGUCCUCUGGGUACAGAUUCGGGUUCUGAGCCGGAAAAGGACGAGCAAGAUCCCUCUUCUUCUGGCUCUCGUCAGCGAACUCCAAUUGAUAUAUUAACGAGAGUGUUCCCAACUCACAAACGGAGUAUUCUAGAGCUGGUACUUCAGGGCUGUAGUGGCGACGUUGUUCAAGCUAUCGAACAGAUUUUAAAUAACAGAGGUCAAGACAAGAUGUCGGAAGAAUCCUGGUCAAGAGAUACUUCACUUCAAACUGUUCAGUCACCUUCAGCAUCCACUCACAGACCUAUGGUGGCUGGAGCUAUGGCACCUGCAAUUGGGACAUUAGGUAACAGGUCAGCGUUUUCUCCACUGCAGCCCAAUGCCUCUCAUUUUGGAGCAGAUGCCGCUGCCUACCCCAUUGGUGCUCACCUAGGACUCAAUCCUUUGCGCUUGGCAUAUUCGGCUCACAGUAGAGGGCUUGCCUUUAUGACUCCAUAUUCGACAACUGGUCUAAUGCCCACUCUAGGCUUUCGACCACCAAUGGAGUAUACCUUCAGUGACCUCAUGAGGGACAGAUCUGGUACACACAAAGACCAAAUGUACACCAAUGGACUCUAUGGACCUUUAGUCAAUAACACUUCCGAUAAACAAUAAGUUGAAACCAACAGCGAACGUCAAAUUGUUCCUUUCGAUGCAGUACUUGUUUCAACUUACAAUGAAAGUCUUUCAUUAAUACAAUUUUCAGACACUUGACUGCAGGAGAUUUUCUCUCCCAUAAAAUAAAGUAAACUUGCAAAUACUUAGUUUGCUUUUGUAGUCUUGCACUUUCCCUGCAAUAAGGAAAAACGGAGAAUUUACAUAUUUGGUUGACUUCUAGACAUUUUGAAAGUACUAAUUCUGACUCUGUUAUUUAUGGACUAAUUUUGUUGUUAAAAUUAUUUCUUUUUUACUUCAUCAAGAGCGGAUUAAAAUUGUCUAUUUCUGGCACUAAAGACUUAUUUGGAAAAGCUGCCUAUUCUGAAACACCUAUUGUAAAAUAUUACAAUACUGCCGUAGAGGUAUCUGUCAAUAUGGAUGUUAGAGCCAAAAUGUUGGUGUUGUUACAUGAUGAUGUUAGUAUGGGCGCACACACACAUGCAUAUAGAGGAAUAUAAAUGAUAAGUUAUUAUUCUUUUUUUAAUGGAAGCCAACAAGUUAUUGAGUUUUGGACUUUUACAACUCUUCAUGAAGUGAUUAAAUCUAUUAUCAUAUGGUGGACCAUUUAUUUUUUUGGGGGUGGGGCAAA